UCACUUUUCACGUUUGAAUCGUUGAGUCUUCUGCCCAAAACUCGAUACUACCAUUCAAAAUGCUCUCCAACUCCGUAGUUGCCGUCUUCCUCUCGGCGCUCGCCCUCACCUCUGCCGCCCCUUAUCCACAGGGAACAGCCACCAUUGACACCCGGCAGACGAAAACCUACGCCGCGCCGCGCGAGACCCGCACGGUUGUCGCCGGCCGCGGCGGGCUGCGCUUCGAUCCCGAGAACAUUGUCGCGCCCAUCGGGAGCAUCAUCGAGUUCCACUUCACGCCGCUCAACCAUUCCGUGGUGGAGUCGUCGUUUGAGCGGCCGUGCCAGCCCAAGGACGCCGCCUCAUUCUACUCGGGCUUCUUCCCCGUGCCGCGCAGCCCCGACGGCGGCGUCACGCAGAGCGCCGAGGUCUUCCAGAUCGAGGUCAAGAACGACCAGCCCAUCUGGUUCUACUGCGCCCAGAACACGGGCCGCCACUGCCAGAGCGGCAUGGUCGGCGUCGUGAACCAGAAGUUUGACGGCGACAAGACCCUUGCCAAGCAUAAGCAGCUUGCUGCUCAGGUGUCUGGUGACAGUGGCGUCCAGCCGUGGAUCCAGGGCGGUGAGAGGAAGGCAAACCCAAAUCCUUUGAGCGGCUUUUAGGAUGGUUUAAGAUCAUGAACUUCAUCGCUUCGUUCAGGAUAGGCUUGAGCAUGGGCCGGAUGCAUUGUACAUGGUAUUAGGUCUUGCUUUCGGGUUUUGUUGGCUGCAUUAGAGGGUAUAGAGUCCAGAUGCAUAGUUCGGAGUUCUAGGUUUCCAGGC